AUGAAAUUUUUGAUCCUUCUUAUUUUAAUUUACUACAUAUAUUUUAGUCAUGUUAUAAAGAUAUGUAAAAAUGAUAUACCCAUUAUAAAAAGAAGAACGUUAGCAAAUUCCGUUUUUUUUAAAAAAUGGAAUAAAACUAAAAUUAGGCAACCUUUUUUUUCUUAUAAUAUUUACCUGAACAAGCAAGGUUUUCUUCUUAAUCCAUAUGUACAGGAAAAAAUAAAAAACCAAAAAAGGACAGUUUUGAGAAGAUUAAAAAAAGAGGAUAAUUUGAAUAAGUUAUAUUUUCAAAAUGAAAAGAAUACAUAUAAUAAUAAAUCAUUAUUUAAUAGAAGGAAUAAAUUUUUAAUUAAUAAGAAUGAGAAAUGUUUUUUUUUUUUUUUUAAAGAAGAAAAGAAAAAAUCAGAUUUUAUGAAGUUACUAGCUAAAUUGCCAGUUAUUACUAUAAAUAAAAAGUUAUAUCCAAAAGAAUAUAGUACUGAUUAUGAAAAUGUAUUGAGAAAAUUUGAUGUAACUUAUAUAAAUUAUAAGACAAGAUUAAGAAGUAAAAAAGAAAUAGAUAUACGUUCGAUUGAUGAUUUAUAUGGACAGAUAUAUGAUAGAAAUAUUUUGAAAAAACAAUUUUAUUUUUUUUUAUAUCAUGAUGAUAUUAAUACAUGUUAUCGAAUAUUAAAUGAAAAUAGAAAUGUAUUAACAAGAGAGGAAUCUUUUAAAAUAUUAAAUUCUUUACCAUACAUUUUUGUUAAUCAUCUUAAAUAUAUAUAUCCUACUGCUGAAAAUGUAGAUCACGUAUUGUCAAAGUUGUUAAAAACAUAUAUUUUUCAAUAUGCCAAUGAUAAAAAUAUUGAUUAUUUGAAUUUUAAGUAUAAAUAUAAUGAACUCGAUGAAUAUUGUAAAAAAAUGGAGCAGGAGUUUUUGAUGGAAAAGGAGAAGAGGGAUAAUGAGCGAAAGGUAAUACAAUUGUCUCUCGAUGAGAAAUUAAAUGUGGAUGUGCAAAAAAGUGAUACGCUACAAAAUAAUGUGAAAAAAAGUGAUACGGUACAAAAUGAUGUGAAAAAAAGUGAUACGGUACAAAAUGAUGUGAAAAAAAGUGAUACGGUACAAAAUGAUGUGCAAAAAAUUGAUACAAUACAAAAUGGUGUGGAAAAAAAUUAUAACGAUAAUAAUAGUGUGGAUGAUCAUAAUAAUACAUGCAUAAAUAUUUAUGACGAUGAAGAAAAUACCGAUUACGAAAAGAAAUACAAACACAUGUCAUACGAUUACGAAAUAAUUGAAUUCACAAAAAAGUACAAGGACCUAGUAGAGAAGUUUAGAAAAUAUCCAGAAAACAUAAAAUUAGAAAAGGUACAAUUAUUAUAUACUAAAAUUUUAAGUAUGAAAGGUAAUAAAAUAUAUGAAGCUCUUCGUAAACAUGAAAGUAUAAAAAAGAAUAAGGAAAGGAAAUUGUAUAGAAACGCUCGAUUAAAAGUAGAUCCUAAUAAAUUAACACCUUAUGUAAAUGAACCCAUAAAAUAUGAUAAGAAAAAAAAAAUCGAAAUUAAUAAAUUAUUUGAAAAAUAUGUAGAAGAGAAAGAUUUAAAAAAUGCGGCUUUAAUACUUCGAAAGUAUACAAAUCUUAUUGAUACUGUAGAAGUAAAAAGCAGAGAAACGAUGACGAAUUUCUUAAAAUUACAUUCAUAUAUAUAUACAUGUAAUAAAUAUAAUGAAAAGGAAUUAGCUCAUUUGCGAAUGAUAUAUUAUUCAACAGUACAAAAACCAACUAUUAUAAGAAAAAUUUGUGAAGUUGGAAUGAGAGAACAAGGAGAAAAUGUAAAACAUGGUGAAGUUUAUGAAAAAGAAUUAAAUAGAUAUUUAAAAGAACGAGAUGAAUUAAGAGAUGAAAGAUUAAGAAAGAAAAAUAUAAAUAUAGAUGAAAUCCGUGAUUUUAGUUCAGCUUAUCCUAUGGAAUGGUUACCUGUUAUCUAUAGAGAUGUUUUCGAACAAAUUGAAAAAGAAAAAGAGGAAGAAAAAAAUAAGAAACCUUAUGAUAAGAUACUUGAUAAAACUGCAUUCUUAAAAAAGAAAAAAGAAUAUAUCAAAAAUGUCUUUUCUCCAAGUACAGAUAUGAAGAAAACUACAUCACCAGAAUCAUUGUCAAAUGAUUCAACUGAAAAUAUAAAGAAAACAAAUAAAUACGAUUUUAUGAAUGAAACCAAUGAACUAAAGGUUGGUAGAAAUGUUAUAAAUUAUAAGAAGAGAUCUAAAAUAAGUAAGAAAAAGAGAAAGGACAAAACUCCAAAGGACGCUAAUAAAAAGAAUGAAGACGCUUCAUAA